CUGGUCACUUUAGCAGGAGACCUCAAGGAGCAGGAGUUGCAUUCUCCAGCAGAAAAUGCCAAUGCUGCUAAUACGGACGCUACAAUUGCCAUAGACGGAGCCCCAACACCGCGAGAACCUGACCGCACUUACGAGCUUCAAGUGGGAAUUUACACCUGA